CCAGAGACAUUUCUGCAACAAACAAGUAGGAAGCGAUUUAAUUAUUUUACAUUUUUUUAAUUGAUAUUUAUAUAUAACUUGACAAGUGGAGCACUCAGGCAUCAACUUAAAAAAUGUAAAGUUAAAUUUGUCUAAGAGUGAAAAAGCCUGAAUGUACAGGCCAAACGCUUAUCGGGAUUCGGAAAAUUCUGCCAGUUUAAUUUUAUAUUUUAUUUGUUUUUUAGUCUUUUGCAAAAAUAGCUCUUUUUGUUCAUUUGGCGAUUUCUGCAUCAACCCUUUGUGGAUAGUGCUGCACUGAAAGGCACACAGGUUAUAUGUAUACAGCUAAUCAUGCUGCCAUUUGGGACUGAUGCAAACGAGAAGCACCUGGAUGACAUUUUAAGCUACAUUGAUGAACAUCAGGAUGAGUUUGUUCAGAACCUUAAAGAGUGGAUGGCGGUUCCAAGUGAUUCAAGUGACCCUGAGCGUCGUUCAGAAGUGACCCGAAUGAUGAACAUCACAGCCGAGAGGAUUAAAACUCUAGGGGCCAAUGUGGAGAUUGUAGAUAUGGGCUUUGAAAAGCUGUAUGAUGGACGUAGCAUACCUUUUCCACCAGCUAUUCUAGCUGAACUUGAGAAGGAUCCUGCAAAAGCCACUGUGUGUUUCUAUGGCCAUGUUGAUGUUCAGCCUGCUAGUAAAGAAGAUGGCUGGAAAACUGACCCCUACAAUAUGACUGAAAUCAAUGGAAAUCUGUAUGGAAGAGGUGCUACGGAUAACAAAGGCCCAGUACUAGCUUGGAUUCAUGCUCUAGAGACACACAAAAGUCUGAAACAGGAUAUUCCAGUGAACCUUAAAUUCAUCAUAGAAGGGGUUGAGGAAAUUGGUUCCCCUGGCUUAGCAGAUCUUAUUGCAGGACACCUACAGUUUUUCUCUGAUGUUGACUAUAUUGUGAUUUCUGACAAUGUCUGGCUUAGUAAAAAACCUGCUCUGACAUAUGGAACAAGGGGGAAUGCCUACUUCUUUGUUGAGGUAGAAAGUGGACAAAAGGAUUUACAUUCUGGAACCUUUGGAGGCAUCAUCCACGAGGCAAUGAGGGAUCUUGUAUAUAUUUUAGCAAAUCUUGUGGAUUCUUCAGGACACAUUGUAAUCCCUGGGAUAUAUGAUGAUGUUGCCCCACUAACAGAGGAAGAGAACAAAUUGUAUGAGGAUAUAGAAUUUGAUUUGGAGGAACAUAAAAACAGUAGCGGCGUGGACACAUUCCUGUACAAAACUAAAGAGGAAAUACUUCAACAUUUGUGGCGUCAACCCAGCCUAACUAUCCAUGGAAUUGAAGGGGCCUUUUCUGGAACAGGAACAAAAACUGUUAUACCCUCAAAAGUUAUAGGCAAAUUCUCUAUUCGCCAAGUUCCCAACAUGAGAAUUCCAGAGGUGGAGAAACAGGUAACAAAACAUAUUGAAGAUGUGUUUGCUAGAUUGCACAGUCCAAACAAAUUAAAGGUGUACCUGACAAUUGGAGCUGUGCCUUGGGUGGCCAAUAUUGAUGAUCUUCAGUAUAAAGCUGCAAAAAACGCAGUUACAAAAGUUUUUGGAGUUAUCCCAGACAUGAUCAGAGAUGGUUCAACUAUUCCAUUAGCUAAAACAUUCCAUGAUCUAACACAAAAGAGUGUCAUGAUGCUUCCAAUUGGAGGAGCGGAUGAUGGGGAACAUUCCCAAAAUGAGAAAAUAAGCAGGUCAAAUUAUAUCCAGGGGACUAAACUCUUUGCAUCAUACUUCCAUGAGUUAUCAAAGCUGCAUAAAGAUUUAAUAGAUGCAAAACAAUUAAAGAACUGACACCUCAUCAGAAGCUAAAUGAUAAAUUACUGAAUAAUAAGUCAUGUUAAGCUUUAGUAUACUUUGUUAUACACGUUAUCACCAGCAAUUGAUUAAUGGUAAGUUUUCAGAUUAACACUAGUGUUAAACACAAAUCAAUACAACCACCAGUUCCUAGCAAAGUUGUCUUUCAACAUGUUGCACAAAAUAAGAGUAGCAAUAAAACCAAUUACCAUGUACCAAUAAUCUAGAUUUCAUUCAUGUGUUUACCACUCCAAUAACCAUUCAAUUUUGCAUCUUUUAUUCACUAAUUAAAAUGUUCCAAUAGUU